AUGACAAUAAGGAAUCAAACUAUCAUCUCAGAGUUCCUCCUCCUGGGCCUGCCCAUCCAGCCAGAACACCAGCACCUGUUCUAUGCCCUGUUCCUGACCAUGUACCUUACCACCAUCCUGGGGAAUCUCCUCAUCGUGGUCCUAAUUCGACUGGACCCCCAUCUCCACACACCCAUGUACCUAUUUCUUAGUAACUUGUCCUUCUCUGACCUCUGCUUCUCCUCUGUGACCAUGCCCAAACUAUUGCAGAACAUGCAGAGCCAUGUCCCGGCCAUCCCCUAUGCAGGAUGCCUGACACAGAUGUACUUCUUCCUGUAUUUCGGAGACCUAGAGAGCUUCCUCCUUUUGGCCAUGGCCUAUGACCGCUAUGUGGCCAUCUGCUUCCCCUUACACUACACCAGCAUCAUGAACCCCAAGCUGUGUGUGGGUCUGAUGGUGCUGUCCUGGGUGCUGACCACAUUCCAUGCCAUGCUGCACACCCUGCUUGCGGCCAGAUUGUCUUUCUGUGGGAACAAUGUGAUCCCCCACUUCUUCUGUGAUCUGUCUGCUCUCCUGAAGCUGGCCUGCUCUGACACUCAUGUUAAUGAAUUGGUGAUCUUCAUCAUGGGAGGCCUAAUAUUUGUGACUCCCUUCCUACUCAUCCUCCUGUCCUAUGCAAGAAUCAUUUCUUCCAUCCUCAGGGUCCCUUCCAUGCGAAACAUCCACAGGGUCUUCUCCACCUGCGGCUCCCAUCUGUCUGUGGUGUCACUGUUCUAUGGGACGUGCUCUGCACUCUACUUAUGUCCAUCAGCUGAUAACUCUACUGUGAAGGAGACUGUCAUGGCGAUGAUGUACACAGUGGUGACCCCCAUGCUGAACCCCUUCAUCUACAGCCUGAGGAACAGAGACAUGAAUGGUGCCCUAAGAAGAGUCUUUUGCAAGAAAUUUCACUUCCACCUAUGA